AUGCUGCCAGAGAAGGACUCCCUCGAGGCCUCGCUCCCUAGUGCUGACUCCAGACGUGGCAGUACGAAAGAGGCCCACAGUGUUGUGAGGGAUGCUGAUGUUGCUGCUCGGUUCCUCGCAUCCCUCGACGACUCAGUCAAACACAGGCCAAUCACUCCGAAAGAAGCCCGCAAGGUCCUUUGGAAAAUCGAUCUUACCAUCCUACCUCUGCUAGGGAUAUCAGUCAUCAUCGCAUGUGUCGACAAGUUAGUCAUUUCGAAUGCGGCAAUCUACGGCAUGGCGACAGACACGAAGCUCGUAGGGGACAAAUUUGCAUGGGUUGGAAGCGUCUUCUACUUCGGAUUUCUCCUUUUCGAGUACCCCUCUUCUUUCCUCAUUCAGCGCUUACCCGUAGCCAAAUUCUUCUCGGCCACCGCCCUGGUGUGGGCUACCAUGAUGUGCUGUACCGCAGCAACCAACAACUUUGCCGGCCUUGCCACAGUCCGCUUCAUCAUGGGCAUGUCAGAGGCAUGCCUUUUCCCCGUGUGCAACGUCUUUACAGUCAUGUGGUGGAAGAAUCAAGAACAGCCUUUCCGUAUUGCCUGUUGGAUGUCCCCAUUCUCGUCCAUUUUCAUCGGCAUAGUCGGUUACGGGGUUGGGAAUGCGCACACAUCCCUCGCCAGCUGGAGGCUGCUCUACCUCGUCCUCGGCGGCUUCUCCCUCCUCUGGGCCGCAGUCCUCUUCUUGCUCCUCCCCGACUCGCCCACGCAAUGCCGGUACAUGUGCGACCGCGAGAAGUUCGUCUGCCUCGAGCGCAUCAAAAGCAACAACACGGGCGUAGAAGACAAGAAGAUCAAAUGGUACCAGGUCCGCGAGUGCUUCUGCGACCCUAAAACUUGGCUGCUUAUCGUCUUCGGAAUCGCCCAGAAUAUCCCCAACGGCGCAAUCACGACCUUCGCCGCCAUCAUCGUCUCGGGCAUGGGCUACACCCCGCUCGCCACCGCCCUCCUCGGCAUCCCGACCGGCAUCGUCGCCGCGCUCUGGGCCUGGCUGUUGUCCUGGCCGGCAGGGCGGCUGGCGCACGCGCGCUGCCUCCUCGUCGCGCUCAGCAACCUCGUUACCAUCGCCAGCGCGCUGCUGAUGUGGCAUCUGCCGCGCAGCAACAAAGUCGGCUUACUGGCGUCCUACUACGCCUUCUACACGUACUGGGCGGCGUACGUGCUGGGCGCGACGCUGCCGCUGGCCAACACGUCGGGCCACUCGAAGAAGGUGGCGACCAACGCCCUCGUCUUCGUCGCCUACUGCGUCGGCAACAUCGUCGGCCCGCAGCUCUUCCGUGACGUGCACGCGGACACCGCGUCCGACGAUGAUGAUGAUGAUGGUGAUCAUGGGCGGCGGUACGCAGCACGCGGGUACGCUGGGUUGCUGGUCUGCCUGGUCGUGGCCAUGGCGGCCAUCCUGGCCUACGGCGCGUUGUGCGCGGUCGAGAAUAGGAGAAGGGAUCGCCACGGCGGUGUCGUCGUCGUCAGCGCUGCUCAUCACGGCGAGGGGAGUGAUGACGAUGGGCAGCGGCGUGACGAUGAUGAGCCGCAGCUCGCGGAAGGGGGGGAAGGAGCAUUCUCAGACAAGACGGACAGGGAAAAGAAGGACUUCCGGUACACGUAUUGA